CCACCCAAAGAGCACUGGGCAAGGGAUCGAAGCAUUUUCAUGCUAGGCAUCUGCUGCACUGCAGAUAUUUGAUCAUUCGUGGAGAAAGGUAACUAUGGAGAAAGAGCUUCGGAGCAUCAUUCUUUUCAAUGCAUACAAAAAGGAAGUAUUUACCACCAACAGUGGCUAUAAGUCCUUGCAGAAAAGACUUCGGAGUAACUGGAAGAUUCAGAGCUUAAAAGAUGAAAUCACAUCUGAGAAGCUAAUUGGGGUGAAACUAUGGAUUACGGCUGGGCCAAGGGAAAAAUUUACUGCAGCUGAGUUUGAGGUACUGAAGAAAUUCCUUGAAGAUGGUGGAGAUAUCCUUGUGAUGCUAGGAGAGGGUGGAGAAUCCAGAUUUGACACCAAUAUUAACUUCCUUCUUGAAGAAUAUGGAAUCAUGGUUAAUAAUGACGCUGUGGUUAGAAAUGUAUAUUACAAGUAUUUCCAUCCUAAAGAAGCUCUGGUUUCCAAUGGCGUCCUGAACAGGGAAAUUAGCAGAGCUGCAGGGAAGAUUGUACCUGGAAUCACUGAUGAAGAGAACAAUGGGAAUAAUGCCCAGGCUCUCACUUUUGUGUAUCCCUUUGGAGCCACACUGAGCGUCAUGAAACCUGCAGUGGCUGUUUUGUCCACAGGCUCUGUCUGUUUCCCACUCAAUAGACCCAUUCUGGCUUUUUAUCUCUCAAAGAACCAAGGAGGAAAACUGGCAGUGCUUGGCUCAUGCCACAUGUUCAGUGACCAAUAUUUGGAUAAAGAAGAAAAUAGCAAAAUUAUGGAUGUGGUUUUCCAGUGGCUCACUACUGAAGAUAUUCACCUAAACCAGAUAGAUGCUGAGGAUCCAGAGAUCUCUGACUACACGAUGCUGCCUGACACAGCUACACUGUCCGAGCAGCUGCGAGUGUGUCUCCAGGAGGGCGACGAGAACCCACGGGACUUCACCACCCUCUUCGAUUUGUCUAUUUACCAACUGGACACCACCUCCCUGCCCAAGGUCAUCAAGGCUCAUGAACAGCUGAAUGUGAAGCAUGAACCUCUCCAGCUCAUCCAGCCUCAGUUUGAGACGCCUCUGCCAGCCCUUCAGCCAGCAGUUUUCCCUCCCAGUUUCAGGGAAUUACCACCGCCUCCUCUGGAACUAUUUGACUUAGAUGAGACUUUCUCCUCGGAGAAAGCCCGGCUUGCUCAGAUUACCAAUAAGUGUACUGAGGAAGACCUGGAAUUCUAUGUCAGGAAGUGUGGUGGAAUUCUGGGAGUAACCAGUAAACUACCAAAGGACCAGCAAGAUGCCAAGCAUAUCCUUGAACACAUCUUUUUCCAAGUGGUGGAGUUCAAGAAGUUGAAUCAGGAACACGACAUCGAUACGAGUGAAGUGAUGUUCCAGAGUCAUUUCUGAUGGCCUCCUGCAUCUUCAUACACUGUUUUUAAAUAGUUCUCUGACUCCUUAUCAAGGUUGACACUAAAGCUUGUCUGGUGUGAAUUGUGGAAGGUCUGUUCACUUUUCCUAUGUUACCCAGAUCUGUCUCACACUCCAGCUCAUAAGAUCCUAUGUAAAAUAUGUUCCAUUUUUUCUAACUUAAAUCUGAGCAAAUCUGUACUUUUAUAUAUAUAUAUAAAACUGUCUUU